GGUGGUUAUAUCUUUGAGUUUCAUUCAUAAUCCCAAAAUUUACUCUGGUAUGGUGUUUCAAGCUCUCACCAACAGUUUGCCAAAUGGCCAGUCACAUGUCUUAGCUACUGGUGGUCGCUAUGAUAAACUGGUAAGUCAGAUUUUAUAUUAACUUGGUCAAUGCUAUGGCACAAUCCCAAUUAAGCUUCACGUUAAAUUAGUUCCAGGUCAGGAAAUAUAAAUGAAAGGACUGCUUUCAAGCUUAGAAAAUGAAUCAAAAAGCAAAACGAGGUAUGUGGAAGCUUGAAUAAGAUAACAGGACAAAAAACAAGGACGUUUCGGCGUGAAGCCUUCCUCAGCCAACAGUAGAAAUAAAAAUAUAACAAAAAACAGAGCACAGUAGACAACUCAAGAAGUAUCCAUUGGUGUCGCCGGAAGUGGGAACACAGGAAGCGCCAGGUCAGGCAACCAUAUUCACAAUAAAGAGAUUUUUAACUCAACAUGAAUUAUAGCAUUUUUUUCAUAUUUCAUUUAAAUUUUGAUUGAAAUAAAGUAAAUACAGUGUAUUUCUUUAUUUAACCUCCAUUGAAAUUUAAUAUAUAUAUAUUUUUUAAAAACAGGAUUUUAAGAUGAAUUUCAUUUCUCAUUCACUUUGGAAAAUAGGUUGACUAGCUAUGUUUAGUUUUUUACAUUGAGAAUUUAAAAAAUAUUCCCAAUUGAUUUUACAGAUAUAAAUAUGCAACAGCCUCUAACUCUUUUCAAGCCAAAAUUUGACUGUUAUAUUUAUUAAAAUGUAGUGCCAUUGUUUCUUUUAUUUUUAAAAUUAUCAUUUUAAUAAUUCAUACAGUGUUCAAUUUGUAACCUAGUAUCGGCAGUAUUGAAACCUGUUUUUUCUUUUGCAGAUAGAAAGCUUUUUGUCACCUAAUCAAUGUCCAAAUAUCUAUGAAAAGCCAACUGGAGUCGGUUUCACUCUGAUACUUGAAAGUAUUGCAUUUGUUGUAGCGGAAGAUAAACGGGUAAGUUUUACUAAAAAAUUUUUAAUGAACACAGAGCUCAAAUUUAUUAUUUGAAGAAAAAAAUGAUAUACAGUGGGGCCUCAGAAUCUGAAUGUCCUAGAGCUAGAAAAACUCGGAAUCCAAAUGAAAAUCUCUAGCAAAUCUUAAAUCAAAAUCUGGAUGCUGCUUUGGUAUCUGAAUGCCCAGUACAUUCUUAGAGUGUUUUGUGUGUACAUUUCUCCAGCAGUGGGAUGCCUUGUUGUUCAGUUUGUUGUCAGAGGCUGUGGUGAAAACAUUGUUUGUUUAUUUUUGCUUUUGUGCCCAUUUCAUGUUAUUUUUAAAAAUAUAAUAAUAACUUAGUGUAUUUGCCAUGGAUCCUAAAGUGUGUAGUGAGAAACGUAAGAGUAAGAGAGGACAACUGUUUGAGCUACAACUGAAGUUAAUGAAGAUCUUAUGGCUAACCAUGAAAUCAUUACAUGUGUGUCUUAUCACGCUACUAUGUUCAGGAUGCCUAAAUCGAUUGUACCAUUUCGAUAAAAUAAAUAAGCUAUCAGAGCAAGGGAUAUGGGGAAAAGGGUAACAACACCGACUUCAAGGAGGUCAACAAAUAUGGAUGAGUUAGAAAAAACUUAUCUUAGUUAGGUUUCAUGAAAAACAGGUGGCUGAUGAUGUGAUUUCUACGACAAUAAUAUGUGAGAAAGCCAAUGUCCUCCACAAUGAUUUAGUGAAAAGCUUGAUACUAGUUCUAAUAGGAGAAGUUUAAAGGUUUGUAGGGGUAGGUUUGAGAACUUUAAGAAAAGGACUGGGAUCCAUAGAGUUUAUAUAGAUUAUUCAGUUUCUAUUGUCCUAAAGGGAAACAUUUGUCUUGGAACUCAAAUGGUAACCCAAACAGGGUUCUGGAAUGGAUUAAAUUCAGAUUCCUAGGUUCUCUGUAUUUCCUAUGUUUCUGAUAUAUUAAGUGUUAUCCACAAAUUAUAUUAAUGCUGAGAGGGAGUGGUGUUAGAUUACAGGAUUUUGUAAUAUUUUGGGUCUCAAUAAAAGCAUAAAUUUAAGUACAGAAGAUUUAUGAUCAUCUUAGAAUCUAAAAUCAUUUUCAUGCCUACAAUAUAUUUUGGUGUGCUUACAGAUCCAUGAGACGACAUAUUUAAAAAAAUCUUUUCUUACUCAUAUAGUGAAUUUUACACCAUAGUUAUUUUACAUGUGUCUGGCUGAUUCUGAAACUAAUAAUUUUUUAAUCUUUUGAUGCUGGUGUUUUUUUAAAUUAAAAAAAGUUUUGUCAGAAUUUUAAAAACUCCAUUUGCAAAUUAGAAUAUAUGCUGAAUUCUUUUUCUUUUUGUGAUUGCAUUAUAAUUAGUUAAAGAUAAAAUUGAUAUAUGGUUGUAAUAAAAGUAUUCAUUAAACAGAAAAAAAUAAUUUUGUUUGAUUUUGUUGAUUGUAAAUUAAAUAUUUUUAUUAUAAAAAGUGGUCAAAAUGUUCUUUUUAUAUACCUGUAUUAAAACUAUAUAUUUUAAACUCAUUUGUGUGUAUGUAUGGGGAAUGGGAGUUUAAAAAAAGUACUGGAGGCUGGAGGGGGGGGGGGAGGCAAAAAUAUUAGGAUUGUUUUUUUUUAAACUUAAUAUAUGGAAAGCCAUAGAGAUAAAAUGAUUCAAUAUUAGUAAAAGUGUAACUAUCAAAAUAAUUAAUUGACUUAAUAAAAUGUUGUUUUUUUUAAAAAUGAUUAAAAUCACUUUAUAUCGUUCUAUUAUUUUUGCAAUAUCAUCAUCAUCAGCUAAAUCCUUUUUCAACAUUAUAAUGAAGUUUUUUUCUUUUUCCUUAAAAAUUAUUAAGUCAUUAUAUUUAAACAUUAAAACAGGUACAUUUCUAAACCCACUUCAACAGAAAUAACUAUGGCAUUGAAAGUUAAUUCAACAACUGUGUGGUUUUUUUUACUUUGGUUGAAGAGUGAAUAUAUUAUUUAUAUCAUUUAUAUCAUUUAUCAUAACUCACGUAAGGUGACCAUCUUGCAUUGUUAUUUAAGCAAAUUUUAAUAAAAAUUUUUUAAAUUGUAGGUCAGGAACCCUUCGAUUGAUGUUGCUUUUUUGAUCAAUAGCGAAAAAUCAGUGCAUGAAGAACUUACUCUUACUAAAAGGCUUUGGGAUGCUGGUGUAAAAACAACAAUCUUGGAUAAGGUAAAUGUUGGCAAUAAUAUAAGAAUGAUCUCUCUUUCUCCUCUCCCUCAACCAAAGAUAUUUAUAUAUAAAAAUAUAAUAAAAAUGUUUUUAAAACAAUGCUUAGAUAAAUUUCAUGACUAUAAUCAAUUGAUCCAUUUCUCAGUUCUAAACUCCUAUUAAUAAUUUUCCAAUUUAAAUUUUGUGUCAACUUGAGAUGCAUAUCCUCUCCUACUAAAAAGGAUUAAUGGAUUGUCACUUGAUUUUAGCAGUCUACAAAAAAAUGAUGUUAGUCCUAUUUUUGGUGAUUAUCAUCAGUCAUCAGUAAGCCCCUUUAAAAAAAUGGCCCAUACUUAACUUCAUACUUUUGAUUCACAACACUAAAACUUUUUGAACUUACAUAAUUAAAGCAAGAUAUUUCUUUUUUUUAAACAUAAUGUCUCACUUCCAAUGCAGUUAAUAUGAAACUUUUAGUAUUAUGCAUUGGCUGCCCAAGUGGGAAGAGUACACACAAAUGUUACAUAAAUUAGGCCCCCAGUGUUACGUUAUACGUUAGAUUGUACUACUACUAGGGGGUAUGACUAGGGGUAUGUUUCAAUCUAUUAUUUAACUAUUCUAAGCUAAAACCACUCCACUCACACUAACAUUCAAUGGCACUCUCUCACUCGCUCACUUCUAUUAAUACAAUCACUGUAUGACUAUAAGAACGCAGGUGGUUCAGCCCACGAAUAAUAAAUAUUUAAUUACAAGUAAAAAAAGAACUAAAUGCAUACAUGGUAUUACAUAUAACAUAAACAUGUAAGAACAUUAGGUAUACUGUCUAAUACUCAUUGCUUUGUACUAAGUUACGACUGGCUGGUUAUCUUGUCCUCAGGUAGGCCCCAAAUCAAACACAGCAGCUGUAGUCUGUUUGCCUUCCCUCUUGCUGGUCACUGUGCGGUCUGGGAUGUAAUAGGUGUAGACUCUAACACUCUAACAGUGGGCAUAUGUGACCUGUGCUGCUGGUGGGAGUUUAGGGUUAUCUCCUGUAAGCCCAAUCUUAAAAAAUAUUUGGCAUCCUUCUGUCUUCGCGAGACGAUGGAGUAGCUAUGUACACUUCAACUAAUGGCUAACUAGGCCAAUCCUGGAAUGGUAAUCUUGACUGCAUUUCUUGCAGGAGAAUAUUGACUCAUGGUUAGAUUUGGCCUUCCGUAUUGUUCUUUUUGUUGCAAGGGCUUCAUUUUACGCAUCUUCUGCCCUUUUUACUCUUUCAUACACUGCUGUUUGCCAGCUGGAACGUUGUUCAGCAAUGAUCUCCCAUUCGUUGAUUGCAAUAUUGGCUUCACUCAUGCUCCUUUUGCAAACAUUCAUAAAUCUCAGGUGUGGCCAUCCAAUAAGUCUUGACCCUUGUGCCAACUCUCCAUACAGCAGCAUCUUUGGAAUAUGGCCUUCCUCCAUUCUACUUACAUGGCCUAACCAGUGAAGGCACCUCUUGCUAAGAGAUGCUUCUUGCAUCAUAUUUGUUUUCUAUAGACUAAUUGACAGUCCAAACUCUUUACAAGUGUGUGACAGGCGAUUAACUAGCGCUUAAGACCUUCUUCUGUGUGCGAUGUUAAGGCGGCAUAUUUAAAAAAUAUAAUUAAUUAAUUUGCUUUCAGAUAGAAUCACCAGGCUUAACAUGUUUUCGAGAAUGCAUGAAGAAAAACAUUUUUACAAUCUUGCAGUUAGAAAAGCCAGGCAUUGUUGAGGUAAAUAUAUUCAUUUAA